CCCGCCCCACCGCCCCCGGGGCGGGCCGCCCGCCGCCGCGGCGCAUAUAGGGGCGGCCCGGGGGGGUCGGCGGCAUUCGCUGCGGAGGGGAGCACCGCGACCUUUCUGCCUCCUUCCCUCCCGACGGCUGCCGUUCCUGGGCGACGCAGGCUCCUCCCGGAGAGAGGCUGUUUGUCCGCCUUGCCGCUGCCAUGGCCUCGGUACCCUCCGCCGGCUGCCUCCUGGCCAAGAACCAGUACUACAGAACAAGACAGAACUCCGAAUCCAGUGUUUCUUCCAGCUCCUCCUCCUGUUUGGAUGCUGUGAAUGCUACAGACCAGGACAAAGGAUUUCAUGGGUUACCUGAAUUAAUUGAUAAAUGUUGGUGGAUAAAAAGCUUUUUCCAUAGUGAACCAUCUCCACCAACUGUUGGCAGAAAAACACUAUCAGCAAGCAGUACCAACAGUUGAAUAAGACAGCAUGCUGGCUUUACUGACUGAGAUACUACGUACAGACUUGUUUUUCCGAGAGGCUUGGGAUCUUCCGAACAUCUGGGUUCAGCUGCAAGAAGAAAACAACUCCUAGGAGAGCUAAAAAGUGUAUUUUCAAAAUAUUUGUCAGUAGCUUAAAUGAUGUUGCUUAAUGGACAUGUCCGUGGCCUAUCUUGUUCAUUGCAGAGUUGCUAUAAUUUGAGAUAUCUCUCUAAUGCAAGUUACCUGGAUUAAAUAUCCUGGUGACUUUCUUGGAUAGUUAAAGAAAAUGACAGUAAAAGUGAGAUAUUGUAGGUUUAGGAGAAGUAUGUGUAUUGAAUGACUUUGUGAUAAGUGACACUGUUAAGUAUUUACCUUAAGAUAUCAGCUCUAUAGGCAAGAUUCAGAUAUAUAGUCCAGAGUAGGACUGUUCUAUGGUAUAUGUCUUCUAUCAAGUAUUUGUGUACCAGUUACCGGGAGUAACUUCACAGGAAUACUUGCUAAUAGCUCUGCUUUCAGAAAGCCCAACUACACAAAGAAACAGUAAUUAGUUUGGUCUUUUUUUUUUCCUGAUCAGGGUGCAUAGAUCCCAACCUCAAAUAUUCAGGUACCACUUUCAUUCAUAUCUACACAUGUUUGUGUUUGAGGACAGAAUAGAAGAGACAGCCAAGAAACCAGUAAUCCUAAUGGACACUGAGACCUUGCAAGCAGGAUAGCAGCCUUAAUCAGAGUUGAUGCUCCUAGCUCUGUUUUACUUCUAGAUUACUCUCACCUGCUUUGCUUUAGCUUAAAGAGCUUCUUGUUCUUAAGUGACUAAUCCUAUCAAUAACUACGCUGACACAGUACUGAAUAUGUGCUAAGUCUGGCAAGUGUUCAACUCUAACAGCAUUCAUGUUAUUAACCAAGUCUACACUUGUCAUGGUUUGUGCUCUUGAAAGAUACUGUAACAUACCUUCAUUUGGUCUUCAGCAUUGCAAAGCAAUACAUCAGAUGUUUUUUCUACUGGGUAUGACUGAAAUGCAUCAGAGGUCAUAGAAAGUAACAAGUAUUUGGCUGUAUGGUAUUUCUGUAAAUUAUCUAUGCAACUUUUGGAUGUACUGUCGCUAAACCUACUUGACCUUUGUCCAUCACUGGAUUAACUAAUGAUAGCAAACAUUAAUAUAGCCAACACCUUCCAUUUUAGGUUAAUGGUUGCCAUGGUUAUGCAUAGGAUUCCAAAGUGUAUCAGGUCACUGCUUCAGGAAGCCUAUAGAUUUGGGGGAGACCAUAAAUGAAUGACGUGACAACAGAAAAGAACACGAUUCUGAAAACAUAAUGUAAAGAUUCCUGAAACUGACUUGUAACAUCUUUACUGCUAUUAUAGUUUCAUCUUUGACCUUUCUCUAGAGUGUACAGAAUGAACUAUUUUUAUACUAAAAAAUUUUUAUUAAUAAAAAUUUAAUUACUGUUU